CUCGACUCCAACAGGGAACAACAGUUAAUAGAGAAAUGGCGGCCAGCUCGAAAUCUGAAAAGGACGAUGGCAAACAGAAAACCCACAGAAAACACAAAGACAAUGUCGUAAAGCUUCUCGUGCGCGGAAAGCUGUCAGGACAGUUUUCCCAGCGCUUGUUCAGGAAGCUACCGCCGCGAGUGUGUGUCCCAUUAAAGAACAUUGUCAGCGAGGAGUUCCUGAGAGCAGGGCAUAUCUUUCUUGGCUUCACCAAAUGUGGCCGCUACGUUCUGUCUUACACUAGUGACUGUGGAGAAGAUGAUGAUUUCUCUUUUUAUACUUAUCACCUCUAUUGGUGGGAGUUUAACUUGCACAGUAGGCUCAAACAGGUCCAUCAUGUGCGACUAUUUGCAGGAGAGGAAAUCUACAGUGAUUUGUACCUUACUGUAUGUGAGUGGCCAAAUGAUCACUCCAAAAUUGUCAUCUUUGGCUUUAAUACACGCAGUUCAAGCUCUGUGCUGAUGAACUUAAUGAUGAGUGAUGAGAACAACAGAGACAUUUACAUCACCAUAGCUUCCAUGCCUCCUCCAAAACCUUGCUCUACCUGCUGUCCAGUUCCCUCAGCCACGACUAUACGUACAGGAAGUGGUGAGUGUCUUGAACAUGGAUUUGUUCUAAACAGCAGGUACCAGGUGGUAUAUCCAUUUCCCACUUUUCAGCCAGCUUUCCAGCUGAAAAAGGACCAGGUCAUCCUGUUAAACACCAGCUACUCUCUGGUUGCUUGCGGAAUCUCACUCUGCCCAGGGAAGUCUGGUCAGUCAUCACAGAUUCUUUACACGAAAAGAGCAGUCCUCUCAACUCAAGCUUCACUGUCCUUUUCGUCAACCUCCUUGGGUUCUUCCUCACUACCUCAGGGGUCUCCCGAAAACCGACAGGCUGUUUGCAGACCCACUCCAGUUCCGUCAUCUCCUAGUCACUCACAGGCAGCCAUUCGAGCUCGGGAGUUUGCUGCUGAUAUCUUCAGACGAGCCCAAGGAGGCGGAGUGAAAGAGGGGGAGAGGAGAACAGCAGAUAUUAGUGAAAAAGAGGCAGUGCAUAUACCAAGAGAUAAAGGGAUUAAUGUAGAGACUUCCAGAGAGACUGAAGACUGUAAAGACUGUAGGACAGAGGAUGAACGAACUAGGUCGUUUCCAGCAUCAACAUCAUAUGUCAACCAAAGUCUUCCUCAGGGCACUGAACAAGUGAUGUCCCCUGCCUCUUCUUCAUCAUCAUCUCCAUCAGCUUCUACCCUGUCCUCAUGCGAGGAUGUUGGCCCCAGUGAGCCUGGAUAUGUAAACUACUCACGCCUGCAUUACCGCCUACAACAGCCAGGAUCAGCAGAGCAGAAUUCAGGAGGUGCAGGAGGUUAUGAAGAUGAUAAAGUCCAGCUGCCUUUCACAGUUACAGAUCUGAAAGGACAGAACCUCCAGCUGGUGACUGAACCACAUAAUGGACAGAGUGUGUGUGUCGAACAGUUAACUUUGGAUUUCGAGUAUCUCAUCAAUGAGGUGAUCAGGAAUGAUGCUGCUUGGGCUCCACAGUUCUGCUCCUUCAGUGACUACGAUGUUGUGAUACUAGAGGUGUGUCCAGAGACUAACAUUGUAAUGAUCAACAUUGGUCUGCUGUUACUGGCGUUCUCAAACUCUGAUGAGGAACACUGCAGGCCAAACACAUACCAUUCCAACCUGCAGGUUAGUUGGGACCUUAACACAGGCGUUUGUUGUACUGUGGGUGUGGGUGACCUAACAGAAGUCAAGGGUCAGACCAGUGGGAGUGUGUGGAGUUCUUACAGGAAGUCCUGUGUAAACACUGUGAUGAAGUGGCUGGUUCCCGAGUGUAGCUCCCGCUAUAUUAAUCGGAUGACCAAUGAAGCUCUGCACAAAGGUUCAUCUCUACAAGUGCUGGCAGAUAGUGAUCGAUGUACCUGGAUUGUGUUAUGAAGACAUAAGUGUGGCAUCGUCUUUAAACAGAGCAAAACUGCUUAUGUUCAGAAAAUGAGCUUUUGUAAUGUAGUUUAACUAGUGUCAAAUUUAAACUGAAAUGAAAUGCUCCAGAUUGAAUGCUGUAAAGAUGUUUUCAAGGUUGUUUUUUUCUCCUUUCUUUGCCUAUUUUUGUACUGUAAUAUUGAAACCACCAAAAGUAUGAGCUGAACUGAACAAAGAUUUAGUUUUUACAUUUUGUACAUGAAGGCGUACGCAUCUGUAACUGAUUGUUUGCAUCAUCUGUCUCUGUGUGAUGUUUAUAUAGUAUACAUUUCUCUGUAUGAAUGAGUGUGUGUGUGUUUAAUGUGUGGAAAAUUUUACACAUGAGGCUGCUUUUGAAUAUGACUUUGGUCUGAACCAGUUUAGUCCAGCUGUGUGCAAUCAUAGGGCUGCAGUAUUUAAAAUGAGUGGGUGAACUUGGUACUUCUUCACUUGAACUUUCUUAUUUUGUGUGUUAUUGUUACCUUUUUGGUUUUGUUUUUAACCUGUAGGGAAAGUAGAGGAUUGGUGAAGUCAUCUGGUCAGAGGUUGGUCUUUAUGUUGUAUGUUUACUGGAAUUGAAGCAAGACAAUUCUUCUGGGAAUAUUUAGUUUAAUUAAAAUAUUCAAACACUUGUA